GUGGUGUGUCCAGGGUGCUCACUCCUGGAGCCUACUUCUUCCUCCGUCUGUCUGCCUGGGGAGAAGUGGAGACCGGAGGACACAGGGAUCAGGGCAGAGCACCCUUGGGGGAGGGUCCCAGAGCCACUGUUUUUUCAGUUGUUCAAUGAAGAUGCUCUUGAACUUUGCAUCACUGAAAUCAUCUUUCUUCUGGACUUUGGCCGGAACCCUUUGAGCCCCCCUGCUGAGGCUUUCCUCUCAAGGGGAGCCUGCCCUGAGAGUCUUACUUGUACCUGUUGUGUUCCCCUCUCUGGGAUGUAGUUUCCUUUUCUGCCAAAUACUGCGCUGGCUCUGUGAUCCCAGUCGCUGCUUAGUCAUCUCAGCCCUCUAGCAAUCCCAGGUCACCAUGGCCCUCUUCUGGUUCUCUGACCAACAGUUUCCCGCAGGCCUUCUUGCAAGGGUUGGCCUCUUUCCAAGAAACUCACAAUGACCAGAGCUGCACUCAUGGCCCUUGUUCCAGAACCCGUGGGCCUCUUCCAACCCCUCAUAUCCCCCUAAGGGUCUACAGAACCUGACCAGUUCCUCUUCUCUCCCUGGCAGGAGUAGGUGAUGAUGGGGGAGCAAGGCAGAGUGCCUGCUUGGGUGAACUGUGUGAGCUGACUGCACCCUGAGUUCCUGAGCUGCCUCACUGACCUCCAUCAGGCUCUGGAGAGCAAGGACAGGCUGGCGCGAGCUAGCCAGACUGGGAGGGCACAGCCCCGCCCCCUGUGCGGAGGUGGUGUGGGGGCCCCUCAGAUCUGGGGGCCUCAGGCUCAGAGUGGCCAGCUACUCUUGCCCUUUGGGCACCAGGAGGGUAGUGGGUGUGAUUUGCCGUUUUCUUACAGAUUGGAGCACUGACUCGCCAGCCUGAGCGUCUCUACCAAGACAGCAGGCCCCAGCAAGCUAGAAUGUCCUGGCCUGAUUGAACUUUCACCUUAUCUUUUACUAGGCUAGACUUCCAACAGCUUUGAACCGAAGCUUCUCAUAGGAUUUCCCCCACACUACCUUUAAAACAUAUUAUUCAUCUACGUCAUGGAGCCAUCAAAAUGUCCCCCAAAUUCCAACAUACGAAGUGGCCUUCUGCUCCAGGAGGGGCUUGAUGGUUGCCAUCCCUCUUUCUCUGUGAAUGGAUACCUCACCUGUGCCCUUGUUCCUAAGCAGAUGGAUCUGUCAGGGAAGGGCAUUUGCCGAAUAGAGGUUGUUGGGGGGAUGCUGCUUAAAAUCAUGCAGUCUUCAAAAAUCAUUAUUGAAAACAUUUCAGUCUGCUUAAUUUCAGUGCCCUGAGGCAAAGCCCCACCUUUGUAGUUGCCAGGAUGGAGGGAAAGCGGGGCCACUUGGAAAGCUUGGAUGCCAGCCCCAGGAGUUGGGCCUCCAUCUCACCAGGGGAAGGAUGAAAGCAAGAGCAAGCCCAGGGCAGCCGGCUGCAGGAGUGAGGAGGUACAGGAACUGGUGGAGGUUAGCUCGAGGGACUCCAGGAAACUGUUUGGAGGGGCCAUGGAGAGCAGAGGCGAGGUCAGAAACAGGGCAAUCAGGGGGCGCCAUCAGGCCAGCCACCACUGUGGCAGGCAGAAGGGGGGUCAGUCACUAGGAAGGUCAGUCACUAGGGACGCCUGGAGCACCUUCGUGGGUGACCACUGGGGGGCGCCGCGCAGGCCAGGACCAGGAGCGCCGCAGCGACCCCGCAGCGGAGGCUGUCACCGACGGCCAAUGGGGGGCGCCGUCGUGGGGCGGGCACCAGGAGCGCUGCCGCGAGAGGAGCACCGCGGCGCAGUCACUGCUACCUAGGGAUGGAAUCCCGGUGCGGGAAGCGGGGUUCCCGGAUGUCUGCCCCCGCGCCCACCGUUCUCCUGCUGCUGCUGCUGCUGCUGAGGCCCGCGGGCUGCUUGGGCGCAGGCGAAGCGCCGGGGGCGCUGUGCGUGGCUGCUCCCACUGACCCUGGCGCCCCCUGUGCCCCCAGUGGCACCGGUCCCUCAGGCAAACCUCGCCUCCACAGGCUGGUGUCCACCAUCCGGCCGCAGACCUUCACCAUCAGGUGGCCGGACCCUGUUUCUAAAGUCACCGUCGACUUUGUUCCCACCUGCGGCGUCUCCUACGAGCAGGACCCCACCCUCAGGGACCCAGAGGCCAUGGCUCGGCGGUGGCCAUGGAUGGUCAGUGUGCAGGCCAAUGGCACACACAUCUGCGCAGGCACCCUCAUUGCCUCCCAGUGGGUGCUGACUGUGGCCCACUGCCUGAUCCAGCGGGAUGUUGUCUAUUCAGUGCGGGCGGGGAGCCCGUGGAUUGACCAGAUGGUGCAGACUACUUCCGAUGUCCCGGUGAGCCAGGUCAUCGUGAACAGCAAGUUCCAGUCCCGUCGGUACUGGUCCUGGAUCGGCCAGGACAACGACAUUGCCCUCCUCAAGCUUGAGGGGGCACUCAAGUACAGCAAGUACAUCGGGCCCAUCUGCCUGCCUGGCUUGGACUAUGUGAUGAAGGACCAGUCCCUCUGCACCGUGACGGGCUGGGGCCGCCCCAGGGCUGAUGGUGUAUGGCCCCAGUUCCGGACCAUUCAGGAGAAGGAAGUCACUGUUGUCAACAGCACGGAGUGUGACUCCGUCUAUCACAGGUUCUCCAAAAUCCCCUCUCUGGUUCGGAUCAUCAACUCCCAGAUGAUUUGUGCGGAGGACUUGGACAGGGAGCAGUUCUGCUAUGAGACAAGUGGUGAACCCUUGGCCUGCCCUGUGGAGAGCACGUGGUACCUAGUGGGGAUGGUGAGCUGGGGCCCCGGCUGCAAGAAGAGCAAGCCCCCGCCCAUCUACCUGCAGAUCUCCUCCUACCAGCACUGGAUCUGGGAACGUGUCACCGGGCAGGCUCUGCCAGCCCCACCCAGGGCCCUGUUCCUGGUGCUGCCGCUGCCCCUCAGCCUCCUUACUGUGCUCUGACACUCAGCGCCGUCCCUGGGGGUGCCCUUCCUUGCCCAGGCCGCUCCUCGCUGCCCUCAGUGCCCAGAAUGCUGCAGGUGCAGCUCUCGCAGUCUCGCAAGGCAGGGCAGAGCCUGGGUGCUUAAUUAAACACUUCUCUUCCCCAUGCCUCUGCCUUCCUGGACCUCCGAAGCCCCUCGCU